AUGGCCCCAGAAGUGCGGGUUCCUCGCGGCGCCAAGAAGCGGAGGGCCUGCGAUCGCUGUGUGCGGAGGAAGAAGGCAUGCAGCGCUGGUUGGCCAUGUGACGACUGCCGACGCAAGCUCGUGUCAUGCACUUACCAGCGAAGGGAUGAGACCAAGAAGGGGGUCCAAGGACAGCAGAAACCCGACGCCAAGGUGCAAGAGCCAGUACCACAGCCGAACGACACGUCGGCCUUGGGGGGCGACCCCACGCCGUCUUCCAGCACCGACGAGACUCUUGAUGUUUCUCUCAUCGGCAAUGGAGACUGUGGUCUUGGCCCGUUUUCCGAUAACCUCACGUGGCUAGACUUUCUCGAUCUCGAUCAGACAAUGCCACUUGAUCAGCCGCAGUCAGAUCAGAAAAAGGGUUCAUUUGACUUUCUGUAUACAUUUACUAGUCGCACAGGUCUUGUGGAGUCCUUCGACUGUGGGACUUUGGCUCAGCGAGUGCAGACCGUGUCCGAAUUUCUCCAAGAUGAAGCAGCACGGCAAGCGAAAACUGCGCUCUUCAAUGACCCUCUCAUCACGGUGACACGCAAGAUUGUCGCCGAAAUUCAUGACUUGAGCACCAACAAUGUUCGGAGAAGCGCCGCCAUGAAGGACAAUCCAUCCACCACAGAACAGAGCUGCCUACAAUUCUUUUCACCAUUACAUCUACGAAAAUUUCUCGCGCUCUUUUGGAACAUAUGGCAUCCGAAUUGCCCUUUUAUACAUCGGCAAUCAUUCGAUCCCACGAUUGCAAAACCUUGUCUCGUCGCCGCAAUGGCCGUCACAGGUGCUUCUGUUUCCCCGGAACCUACCGAUAAUGAGCUAGCUAGGACCUGGUUCAACUCUGUCGAGGAAAUGGUCUUCAGUGACGAUGCUUUUUGCGAUGACGCUCCAUAUUGCCCUUUGGUAAAUCCCGUGGAGGGCAUUGACAAGAUUCAAGCUCUGCAGGCCGGAUAUCUGGCCGCGCGAGAUGUGGGUGUCAGCUCGGCAAGGCACCGCAAUUAUGAUUUGACAUCUAGCUUCGACGACUUUGACUGGCAAGACUUUAUAGCGAGAGAACAGUUGAUCCGCGUUGUCAUGUGGACAUUCAUGUUUGACAAGGGCUUCGUUCUCUUCAACAAUAUCCCUCCUCGAAUGGUCAUCAAGGAAAUGACCAUGCACAUAGCGUGGCCAGACUCAAUAUUCCAGGCUGGCACCGCUGCUGAGUGUGCUCGAGAGAUUCAGGCUUUUCUCUCACGGUCCAGCUCCGGGAGCUAUCUUACUCUAUGCGAGGUCUUUGAACGAUACUGUAAAGACAAGAUGGACCCGAACCUGCGUCGUGUCCUUGUGGAGCAUGGCGCCUCUCAUCUUUUUGCUAUCAUCCUUGCUGUCUACUCGACCAUCUUCCAACAUCAGAAUUCUCUGGCCGGCUUCGACCAACUCGGUGGUAUACGCAACGCUCUCGACAAUUGGAAAUCCACUUACGAGGCCUACCUAAAGACGGUCCCUAUCUCGGAGCCAUACGAAACAGCUGAUUCGCUUCAAGACAUGUGGAGAAGACCUGGAUUCAGUCGUCACGCACACGAAUUUUACUUAGUUGCCCGGGCCUUGGUCAGCCGUAUGUCAUCAGGCGAGUCUGUGCCUGGAAUGGAUGGGAGCAAGGGCACGCCCGGCUUCAAUGAAUACGACCAGACUAGUAUGCGCCAGCUGAAUGAUCUUAUCACGGAUUUUCUUGGUGUUCAUUUGGAUUGA